AUGCCGAAACCCAAGAAACCCCAAAGCCUCUUGCGCGAUGACUUCAGUUUCCCGACUUUCAGUGGCCUUCCGAAAGAUCCUAAGAAUGAACUUAACCUCGAAUACUACGAUGCUUGCCUGUUCAAAUUCAAACCCAAACGGCACUGGUGCUUUCUCGGCGAGAUUGUCGAUUCCGUCGGGCUCGAACGAGUUACGUUACGCGUAAAGGAUAAGGACGGUCAGAUCGGUACCAUCAGGCUAUACACAGGCGAUGGCGGAAAAGCGCUUGAUCCGCGAAUCAACAAAGGACACACAGUUGUUGUACUGUAUGGCGACCAACAUCGCUUCACAGACAUGACCAUCGGCAUACGUGUCGAAGACGCCUCCAACAUCAAGAUCAUACCAUGCUCACUCGAGCAGCUCCUGAAGGCCAGCGAUGAUGUGGCUGUACUACGCAAAGGCCAAUCAGGACACUGUGGAUCUUGUGGCAAGGCUGACUGCAAGGCACUUGUUGGGGUACGGUGGUUCACGACAAGGAAAUGGGGAAGGCUUCGCAAACGUUUUAGCUUCUGA